CUCACGAAUUUCGCCAAAACGCAUGUAUUGUGUCCUGCAUGUCUGGUGCAGCGGCAAAAGUCUUCGUUUCUAAUUUCCAGCAAAAUUAUAGGAAAGUUGUACAUACUUUGUAUAUACUGUACAGAUAGGGAACUAGCAAAAUGAAAGGAGGAACAGCGGUACAAACAUCACAGACCAAACACACAGACAGUAUGACUACAAAAAAGCCUACUGCAGAACAAAUCAGAUAUGCCCAGCUUUUAAAUACAGAGGAUGCCAAAGUAAUGAGAGAGAAGAUCAAGCAGGUGGCUGAUGUGACAGGCUACAAUGAUGACGUUGUGAGCAUUGCUCUACAUGAUUGUAAUUUUGACACUGAAGCCACAAUUAAUGCUUUAUUGGAAGGAAGACAAGACCAGAGUGAAUGGGUUAUGAGAACGACCAAAAAGAAGAAACAUCAAACUCCUGUCACUCAAGGCAUCGAUACAAUCAUCCCCACAUCACAGGCAACACCACCGACAACUACAGCACCUACAUCAGCUAAACCAGGAGGGCCACGACAACCUAGAGGCAAAGGGAGGAAUAGACAGUCGGGAGAGCAUAGCAACAGUUCAGAAAAAGAUAACAAGAAUGAAGGAACAGUUACCAACAAUGACAGAAAUGCUGGAGAGAGUGGACGUGGAAGAGGGUCUAGAGAGGACAGAUGGAGUGAUAGAAAACCUGGUGGCAGAGGUGGCCCACCAAGGAGGGGUGGAAGAGGAGGUGGAAGGCCUGGGAGAUCAUUCCAAUCUCGUGGACGAGAUCGACCCAACAGAUUUGGUGGAGGAAACAGAAAUGCUUCAAACUCCACAGCAGUAAAUGGACCAAAAGUGAACGGCACAGAGAUGUGGGGGGAUAAUGAUGAUGAUGUUUCAAAAGAGAAGGAUUCAGAGCACACUGCAGAUCUAAUUCCACCAACAACGGAAGAGUGGGGAACAGAGGAAUGGACUCCAGUAGAACAGUCGGUGACAUCAAGCACCAAUGAUACAUUGUUCAACAAUACCGUUUCGUCCUCUCAUUCAUGGCCGGUAAGUUCUGACAGCUCUAUAGUCUCGUGGGAUGUGGACACUGAGACAGUCAGUAACUCGACAGCUCCUACAGUGCAGACCACAGACAGUAGACAGAAGGUUCCUGAGAGUAAUGCUCCCUUUACACCAGAGAGUGUUGACAUGGCAAUUAUACAUUCCAAACUUGCUUCAAAUCAACCCGCAAGUAAAGACCAGUACUCUGCAGUGGAAUUUUCCAUGCCUCGUAUUCCACUCCCUGGUGAGCUGCACAACAUACACGACCAUCAAGACUCAAUCAGUAAGCUCUUGGAUAAAGUCAAACUGUCUGCCUCCGUUGGUGUGUCACCUCAGAAUUCUUUGACAACAAUACAAGCUCAGCCACAAAGACAGCCACGCACUAGCAGAACAAAGAGGUCACAGAAAAGCCAAAUUCCUGUUCAAGCUGUAGAGAUGCCUGGAUCAAUGAAUGACAAUCUUGAUGUACAAUUUGGAAACUUGGAGUUUGGUGGUGAUUCUGUCAGUAGCCCACGGAAAAAGGAGGAAUUCCCUACACCUCUCCCUGUAGUAGAAGACACAAGGUCUGAUGAGCAAAGUUCAACCAGCAGCAGUGAUUCACCAAGUCCACCACUAGAAUCACAGCAUGUUGUGACAAGUUUACCAUCCUCUCCCAUCACCACAUCCAUCCCUAUAGCAACUACUGCAUCAGCUUCCUCAAGUGUGACAACGUUAGAGGAGAGUUCACCCCGACACUUCCAGCACCCAUCUCCUCGCACCCAACAACAGCCACUUGUGUCUCAAGUAACAAAGCAAAUUACACCAGAGCCAAUUCCACUGCCUUCUCAGCUGGAUUCAAGAGAGAACUCCAUGCCAGGCAAGCCACCACACAGUAAUGACCAACAGAAUUCUCCUGCUAGUCUUCAACCAUCUGGCAUUCCAUCGCCAUCUCUAAGUGGAACAAAUCUUAAUCAAACUGGUUCUUCAUCCCCACUAAGACCAACUCUGUCUUCCACAAUGCAGAAGGAUAUCACUCUGGACACAAGAGUUUACCAGAAACAUCAUGUACCCCAGCCAACAGUUCCAUCUACAAAAGACAAACUUGGUACCAACUCACUAAGCAGCUCUGCUGGGUCCACCUCUGUGCCACGGAAUGAUCUUUCCUCUGUAGAACCACUUCAGCCUCCUCCUGGGGUGUCUGUGCCUCUAACAGUCAACCAAGCUCCUACCUCCACAACAUCUGGCUUCACAACGGUGACCAUGUCAGGCUCAGGAAAACCAGUCUCACACACAACCAAACCGUCAUUACCUCCAGGAGUGUUACCAAUGAACACUCUUUAUGGUAUGCAGCAAGGCCUCAUUCAUGCUUAUCCCUUGCCAUAUGGAUAUGAAGAUCUUCAAAGACUACCAAUGUCUGCAUACUAUGAUAUGCCUCCAUUUCAAGCUGCUGGUAGAGAGGGCCUGUCUACACAAUUUCAUGGUGACCAGAAGUUUGGACGCACUGAUGCAUCUUCUCCAGUUCCAACAUCCUUAAACCAGACGGUAACGCUUCCACAGGCACAUCUUCAGCAGCAGGCAUUCAUUAAUGCUACAACAAUGCCACACCCUUAUGGAUAUGGUGGACUAGCAUUUUACCCUGGAGCUGGAAUGAUGGCUGGGGGUUUCCCAGCAUACACUACACCCAUGUAUCAGAUGCCAACAAAAACACAUGGGAAUGCUUCUCAAUACCAAUCAGCUUAUACCUCAGGUCAACAUGGAACUCAUAAUUUUGCAUCUGGAUAUGAUGAUCUAAAUCAGAGCCAUGACUUUGGAAAGUCUGGUUACCAUACAUCGGUUUCACCAUCGCAAAGUAAAUCUAAUGCAGGGGCAGUUGUAAGCAGUGCCUCGGAUCUCUCUGGAGCUUCUUAUAAGCCUCAGGUUGGAAAGUUUAAUGACAACAAACCAUUUAUUGGCGGUACACCACCACCAGCAUUAAAUCUUUCCAUGACAGGACAACAUGGUCCCUUGGGCAGCUAUCCUCACACAGGACACCCAUUCAUGUCAAUGAUGACUCCUGUCCAGCAACACCACCCACCAUCCCACUACCAUCACCACAUGCCUCAUCAUAUGGAAACAGGGCAGCCAGGAACCUCCCAGAGGGCGUCUCAAGGACAGGGGCCCAAACAAGGACAAAACAAGGGCCAUCAAGCUGGCUACCAAGGAUCACCUUUCUGGUCUGGAACAAAUUGAAUGACAAAACAGCUUAAAUGAAAUGCACUCAAACAGAAUUUUUUGCAGUGUAAUAUUGAUGCAGUACUGGUCUGUUCCUCCUAAACUAGUGUGAAUUGUGUUCCCCAAGAGUAAUGUUAUUUCAAAACCUUUUAGGAUGUAAAUGAUGUGUACAGGCCCCCUUACAACAGGCAUGUAAAUGUGUUUUGCAAUAAUUUAAUGUUUUCUUAGGUAGCCACAGCAAGCAUUUUACAGAUUGUAAUCUUUGAAAUAAACACGGAUAAUUUACUAUGAA